GCUCUUCGAUGUGAAAACACUUUCUCCCACUUUCUCCCAGAGAAGACACUUUCUCCCAGAGAAGACACUUUCUCCCAGAGAAGACACUCCAAAACAGAGGAAGAACACAACAUCGCUGACACUUGUCUCCAACGACACAAGAUGGCUUCUAAAUACAUCACAGAAAUUGCAAUCUCCACUAGCCCUGAAAGGGAGCAACAGCUUCAUGACCAAGACUAUGACAAGAUAAAUGUUAUCCUCAGUAAAGGCACUUCAUCCGCCACCAGAGUUUUCAUGUGGUACAAAAAGGGCGAUGGUAAACCCAUCACCAGAGUCCAGUUUUCAUUCACUGAUGCAAUGAAAGAUGACCUGAAAAAAGCAAGGUUCACUGAGCUCCCAGAAAACCUCAACUCUGGAACAGACGGAGACGUCAUCCAUCUGUGGUACUCUAGUGGUGCAAGCCCUAAGUAUAACAUUCCCAUUGUAGAUCUCUUCCUCACCACUAAUGAGAAGGAAGAGGCCAAUCAGUUCAAACUCGGCUGGGAAAGGCUACCAUGCAAUCUGAACCGCGGUAACUCAGGAGAUUUCAUCACCCUCUGGUUGAAGCGAAAGAGUGAGACCUACAUCUGUGACGUUGCUGCCACCACCUCAUUCCAAGAACACAUCAACCUUUUCAAGGGGGGCUACAUCCGGCUGGAUGAAGAUCUCAAUAGAGAUUCUGGAGGAAACCCUAUCUUCCUCUGGUACCGUCAAUCCACCGCAACGGGCGGCGGGCUCACCGAGAUGAAUGCAUCCGUCAACCAUGAUCAGGAUUCCAGCCUAGAGAUGAGUGGUUUCACCGUGGUGAAUGUUAACCUCAAUGCGGGAAGAAGCGGUCAGUCAGUGAUGGUCUGGUUCAAGAAAGAUGGAUCUCUCCCAAUCAAGGCCUUGACUGUUACAUCCAACCCUGAUGUAACUGGCCCUUAUAUGGAGGCCGGCUUGAUCCUCAUCGAUAAAAAUCUAAAUGCUGGCAACAAUGGUAUGCCCCUCUUCCUCUGGUAUGGCAAAUAAAAACCUGAGUUGGAGAGGCAGAAUCAGCCCAAAAUUGUGCCAGAUAUUAGCUUUUGCAUGGCAAUUUAUCUGUGUUUAAUUUUUUUUAUAUUGUUCUGACACUCAAUGUUAGCUUUUAUGUCAUAAAGUCACUGUCAGAGAUCAUUUAGAAAGUUUUCUUUAAUGUUGUAUUCAAUCAAUUAACAAUUGAAUUAUAGAAAUUAUAUUUUAGCAACAGGUAUUAUAUUGCGUUGUGUUAGUCAGAUAUUAUUUUGAAAAACCUGAGUAAAGUAAUACCAUUUAAAUGAUUCCUGUGUAACACUGAGCAUUCUGUUAAUCAAUAAAGAAAGCAUAGCAAAUGA